AUGUUCGUCACCCGGCCUCUCCUGCUACGAGACCCUUCUGCCGAACUAUCAGAAACAGAAGCCAAGCAGUAUCGUGAUCAGCUGCGAUCUUGCAUUCAGGCAGCACGAGAGGCCAUCGAGACCAUCAAUGGUACAGCUCGCUAUCGAGUCUUGUUUCCCGCCUUCUGGUUCUCGCAGUAUAUUGCCUUUUCCGCUAUUUCGAUCAUCCACAUAUACGUCAUUCAAUUGAGUCGUUACCGCAUUCCCACUGACUUGUUUGACGGGAAUCCGCACAUGGAUAGCAAAAAUCUGUAUGACACAGCUCUGGAAGGACAAAAUUGCCUGGUUGAGAUAGGAGUCAAGAGCGCGCCUGUAUGGCGAUAUGGUCCAAUCUUGGAGGGCCUCUCUGCAGAAACGGCGAAGUAUAUUGCUUCACAUUACACUAAGACGACGCACGUAAGAAGCAUUCAGGACGCACAAAUGAUGCGAAUGACAGCCAAUGACGACGUCGCACGACCUACGAACAGCACAUCACAGCCCACUCAGGAUAUCGUGGACAAGUCCCACGAACCCAACAUUCCAUCUUUCGAGACAGAUGCGAUGUGGAUUACUGGGAACGAAAACCUCUGGAAUGAUCUGAUGGCUGGGACAAUGGACAACAACAACUUGACCAUGGAUUUCUGGCCGCAAUUCGACAAUCUACCGAUUGGCAUGUUGUGA